GGACCACAACGUGCGCCUGCUAAUCUGAGAGUGACAGCACGAUUUGACUAUCAGCCUGAUGUUUGUAAAGAUUAUAAAGAGACUGGGUUUUGUGGAUAUGGAGAUUCAUGUAUAUUCUUGCAUGAUCGUGGUGAUUACAAGACAGGCUGGCAAUUAGAAAAAGAAUGGGAAGAAGCACAAAAGAGUGGAAGACAGUUUGGAGCGAACGAUCCCAAUAAAUAUGUUAUCUCUGACGAAGAAGACUCUGAUGAUGAAGAAUUACCAUUUGCCUGCUUGAUUUGUAGACAAGAAUUUGAUAACCCAGUUGUGACUCGGUGUCAUCACUAUUUUUGUGAAUCAUGUGCUCUCAAAAACUACCAAAAGACACCCAAGUGUUUUGCCUGUGGGAUGGCCACACAAGGUGUAUUCAGUACAGCCAAGAAUUUAUUGGCUAAAUUGAAA